AUGUCGGACACCGAGGCAGGGCCGGGGCCAGGGCCAUCGAACGUUGCCCAAAGCUCAAGGUGCAAAGCAAGAACAGAGCCUGAGAACAAUGCGGACUUUCAGACGAGGGCGUAUUGGGACAAGAGGUACGCUCUGGAGGGUAAGCGUUCAUCUUGAAGCGGGUCAUCGCUCAUCAGCCGCCAUCGAGCACUUUGAGCUGAGCGAUCGAUCGAUCAUUCAUUCAUUCCUUUGCGCGCGUCUUUGCCAUGUAGGCGAUGAAGACUUUGACUGGUGCGCGAAAUGCCGACUGUGCCUGGCGCCGCUUGCUGAUUUGAUUGCUCACCGUGACCGAAACCUUUGUCGCAUCAUCUGAUAUAGGUUCAAAAAGUACGGUGAGCGAUGGGCCAUGCUGCCGCAAUAUACAAAAAGGGAAAGAUUUGAGCGCUGAGUAGCGAGAGUCUGUCGGUCAUCUCUCUCUCGCCCGUCGCAGAUGAAGUCAAGUGAGUCAGUCCUGUUCCCUUGUCUGCACGCACCUCUCCGCGGUCAGCGCACCUACUGCACACGACAUACUGACGCAUAGUGCAUCGCGCGCAGAGAUGUCUUUAGAACUCUAAUUCCUGAUCAGCGCAGUCGAAUUCUGAUGCUCGGUACUGGAAACUCGACUUUGAGCAAAGAUAUGUAUGCGGAUGGAUUCACAGAUAUUACCAGUGCGUGUAUGCGACGUCGGACGUUGGCGCAGGCCGCUCCUGACUCGCCUUGCCUGCGAGCACACAGACAUCGACUUCAGUCCCGUGCUGGUCGAGCGAAUGAGAGCGCGACAGCCAGAGACGCAGUGGAUGGUCAUGGACGUGCGUGACAUAGCUUCUCGAGCUUCCGAACUGGGCGGAAUCGGCAGCUGGGACAUCGUCAUCGACAAAGGUGAGACGUAGUCUUUCUUGAUGCCCUAUCGACCUUCAGAAGCUCAAACAGCAGCGAUCACGUAUCAGCCACUUUGGAUGCUUUGAUGGCCAUCGGACCUGGAGACAGCGUUUGGGAUCCUGCGCCCGAAGUCAGGAGAAAUGUAGCGCUGGAAGUGGAUGGCGUAAUGAGGUGCGUCUUGCGAAGCCUCGUGCGAACAAACGAAAACGGGAGGUGUUGAAGCCGGGAACGCUUACCGAUUCCUUGCCAACGUGCCAUCUCUUUUUUUAGCCUUCUCAAACCAGCCAGGGGCAAAUUCAUCUACCUCACUUUUGCGCAGCCUCACUUUAGAACGCCUUACCUCAGUCGGCCUGGGUGGAACCUGGAGGUCAAAACUCUUGAGAGCACUGCAGGAACGUUCCCUUACUAUUUGUUCGUCAUGUCCAAGCGGUGA